AUGGAUGGCGCCAAGGUGGUGGCGGUGGCUGCUGGCACUGUCUUCGUCAAAACUACAUGGCUGCCCUUCCGCUUCUCCCUGGCCAUGACUGACGGUGCUGAUGCCAAGGUGCACCUCCACUGUGAGCAGCGGGACCAAACUAUUGCCGAGCACCUCGUCCUUGCCGAGCGCUACCUUGCCUUCCACCAGCCUGAUGCCAUGUACUCCUUCCACGACGUAGGCAAAGGACAAGGUCAUUUUGCUCAAGGGAGUAGUGCAGGUGAUGUUAAAAGGAGAGUUCAGGUCUUCCUUUUCUUAGUUUAUUAA